AUGGACAGCAAGAUUCCCUCAGGAUUUCCGGGGCCCAAAGAGGCUAUCAGGUCAGGGAGCAAGUGUAGAACAGCGGUCACCGCUGCUUUAUCAGUACUCGCUGUUACGGCGCUUAUCAGAGGGAACUUCUUCCCGAGUCCAUGGUUCCUAGCCCGGAGCGGAAGCACAUCCAAACAAAGUGCUGGUUCAGAAUGGACCUGGUCAAGCAUCAAGCCGAGUCGGACCCUGGAGUGGCACAGCUGCUUCGAGAACGGAGAAUAUGACUGCGCUAGACUAGACGUCCCCAUGGACUGGCAAGAGCCGUCUGAUGACCACAGAGUUGUACUCGCGAUUACGAGAAUCCGGGCAACCGACAAACUUGACUAUAGAGGGCCAGUCAUCUUUAACCCUGGUGGUCCCGGCGGCUCAGGGGUUUGGUCCCUGAAAAACCAUGGCAAAAUGCUGCAGGAGAUUAUUGGUGUAAACCACGACCUCAUCAGUUUCGAUCCCAGAGGUGUUGGCGCAUCCAUCCCCAGAAUCCAAUGCUGGUCAACACCGCAACAGCGCCAAAAUUGGGGUCUACAAGACCCUGGAGUUCUCGACUCCCACGAAAGCAUCGUCGGAGAACUUUUUGCCCGGGCGACGGCAUACUCUCAGGCAUGCGAGAGCGCGAUGAAAGCGUCCGGUAUACUCGAACACUCCAGCACCACCCCGACCGCCAGGGACAUGCUCGAGAUUGUGUACCAGACCGGGUACAGCAAGCUCAAGUACUGGGGCUUCAGCUACGGCACCAUCCUCGGCGGCGUUUUCGCGGCCAUGUAUCCGGACAAGGUAGAACGCCUGGUCAGCGAUGGCAACGUUGACUACAGAGAGUGGUUUAACUCGGAACACGUCAACUUCAUUCGCGACACGGACAAGGUUCUCUUCGCCUUUUAUGAGUUUUGCUAUCAAGCUGGGCCCGAAAAAUGCGCCUUCCACGGUCCCACUUCGGAAGCCAUCAUGGGGAGAUUCGUUGACCUGCUCAACGCUCUUAAGAGGCAUCCAGUCAUCGUUCCGGCCGAUCCAGAGGAAGGUCCUGAAGUACCUAUGCUGGUCACCUACUCCAAGGUCAUGCGUCUUCUCUCGACAACGCUCUACCAGCCACUGGAGCAGUUUGAGAAUUUCGCCAAGAUCAUUGCCGCGCUCGAAAAGAAGGACGGGCGGCCAUACUACAGGCGCUAUAACCCUAGCAAACCGGCCCCGGCCCCGGCUUGCGCCCCGCAGCCAGUCUCUCCGUUCGAGCCGCCCCCGGGUAUCGUCGAAGGCACCGGAGAUGCCUUCCCUGUCAUCAUGUGCGCCGAUCACCCCGCUGUCAGUAACAUGACUCUCGAGGAGAUUCAACGAGAGACGGAUGGGAUACUGGAGCUUAGUCCAGGGACUGGAGCCACUGAAGUCCCGUACCAAAUGACCUGCAAUCAGCGAACUACGCGUCCCCGCUGGCGAUUCAGUGGGCCCUUUGAGGGCAAGACUAGCCACCCCAUCUUGUUCAUCGCCAACCAGGCCGACAACAUCACUCCACUAGUCAGCGCUCGCAACAACUCCGCUGGGUUCCCCGGAUCAAGGCUUCUCAUUCAAAACUCGUUUGGCCACACGACUCUCGCAGCCCCUUCAGAAUGCACUAGAGGUCAUAUUAGGGCUUACUUCCAAAAUGGAACACUACCCGAGCCUGAUACAAAGUGCGAAGGCGACUCGCACCCAUUCGGCCCCUUUGCCGAAGCCGGAGUUCGAUUCUACCAGCCAUCGCUGUUCAUGUAA